UGUAGCAUUUUUACUGACUACGGCAGCUACAUUCGCAACGGCUGUGAUAGGAUGGCGCAGACCGGCCGAAUAUAAAAAAUUUACUUAUUUUUUUAAAUAGAAUUGUUUUUGUUAUUUGAAUAAUUCAAGUGGAAACAAAUAUAAGAGGUGGCAGCCAAAUAUAGCUUAAUGCACUUACUACUUAACCGAUAAGGAAGUGUUAAUUUAUUUUACUUAAAAUGGAUAUCAAGCUUCAUAGUUGUUUACAUCAUCCGACCUUACGAUUGCUCCAGGAACCUGGUUGUGAGAUAACAACUUGCAAUCUUAUGUAUCCUUUAUUUUUAGUAAAUGACGAUGACGCAGAGGAAACUAUCGCCAGUAUGCCUGAUCAGAAACGUUUCGGAGCGAAUAGAUUGCGUAAACAUUUGGAACCUUUAAUAGAAAAAGGUCUCAAAUCGGUUUUAUUGUUUGGUGUGAUUGACAAUUCUAUGAAAGAUGAAAAUGCUACUCAUGCUGAUUCGGCAGAAAAUCCUGUUAUAAAAAUUCUGCCAUUAUUAUGUAAAUGGUUUCCAAAGCUUCUAAUUGCCUGCGAUGUUUGUCUAUGCCCAUAUAUGAAUCAUGGACAUUGCGGUAUUUUGGAUGAUGACAAUGUUAUUCAAAAUGCAGCAAGUAUAAAACGUUUAGCUGAAGUGGCAGUGGCCUACGGAAAAGUUGGUGCUCACAUUGUGGCUCCCUCUGAUAUGAUGGAUAAUCGCAUUAAAGCUAUUAGAGACGCACUGAUUGCAGCCCGUCUUGAAAACCGUGUUUCGAUAUUGUCGUAUUCGGCGAAAUUUGCUUCCAAUUUUUAUGGACCGUUCCGAGAUGCUGCCCGAUCAGCACCAGCUUUCAAGGAUCGUCGCUGCUAUCAAUUACCCAGCGGUUCUAAAGGAUUAGCUAUGAGGGCUGUAGAACGUGACGUGAUGGAAGGAGCGGAUAUGCUAAUGGUGAAGCCGGGCAUGCCAUAUUUAGAUAUUGUUAGACAAACAAAGAACCUCUUUCCGCAACAUCCUCUCUAUGUGUAUCAGGUGUCGGGGGAAUACGCCAUGCUGUACCAUGGUGCUCAACAGGGAGCAUUUAAUUUGAAUGAGGUUCUUUUAGAAUCGAUGAAGGGCUUUCGUCGAGCUGGUGCUGAUUGUAUUAUAACAUAUUUUACGCCGCGACUUUUAGAUUUACUUAAAGAAAGUGACUAACGGGUGGCUAAUUAUACUUUGAGGUACUUAAAGAUAAUUUCAUAAGUGGGCAGGAAUUAAGUAAAGGACGUUCCAGCAAUAUAAACGCGCCGACGUAAUUGACUUGACGAUAUCAUUUUAUAUAUUUUUGGGCAUGUGUUCGUUUCUUUUUUUUCAUUACUUUUUGUUUGCUAAUACUUUUAUAAAUGAAUAAAAAGGGUGCUCGAAUUUUAAGUUGUA